UCGGGUGGCUCCCCGGCCUCCGCCGGCGUCCGCCUAGGCGCGGCGCUGCGUGAGCUGCUGGUGAAGGAGGAGGCGUUGGCCCUGCCACGUUUGGGUUGCGGUUCCCGGCUCUGGCGCGGGCGGUGCAAGAGGAGGUGGGGCUGGCGCUGAAGCCGGAUCCGGAUCCGGUUCUGUGUAGCUGGGUGAAGGAGAGUCMCACGCGUGCGAGGAGGAGCACCAACGGUUGGGCCUCUGCAGACCUUACUGGAAAGAUGAAACCUGAUGAAACGCCAAUGUUUGACCCAAGUCUACUCAAAGAAGUGGACUGGAGUCAGAAUACAGCAACAUUUUCUCCAGCCAUUUCUCCAACACAUCCCGGAGAAGGUUUGGUUUUGAGGCCUCUUUGCACUGCUGACUUAAAUAGAGGUUUUUUUAAGGUACUGGGUCAGCUAACAGAGACUGGAGUUGUCAACCCUGAACAGUUUAUGAAAUCUUUUGAGCAUAUGAAGAAAUCUGGGGAUUAUUAUGUUACAGUUGUGGAAGAUGUGACUGUAGGACAGAUUGUUGCUACAGCAACUCUGAUAAUAGAACAUAAAUUCAUCCAUUCCUGUGCUAAGAGAGGAAGAGUAGAAGAUGUUGUUGUUAGUGAUGAAUGCAGAGGAAAGCAGCUUGGCAAAUUGUUAUUAUCAACUCUUACUUUGCUAAGCAAGAAACUGAACUGUUAUAAGAUCACUCUUGAAUGUCUACCAGAAAAUGUUGGUUUCUACAAGAAGUUUGGAUAUACAGUAUCUGAAGAAAACUACAUGUGUCGGAGGUUUCUACAGUAAAAAUCUUGAGAGGAUCUAAUGCUACAGCACUUCAUUCUUCCUAGAAUAAAAAAAACAUUUUUGUUACUACAACCCAGUGACCUCCAUAAUGCUGGACUGAAAAAACAUUGGACUACUACAAGUUUAAUGACAUUUAGAAGAUUACUUUGAGAUGGUGGGACAGUCUGAGUUUAGAUUACAAAUGAAUAUUAUCAAAGGGGAUGAUUUUUAACCAAAGGAAUAUAUUUUUAACUUGAAUCUUUUCUUGCAUUGUAUUUUUCUAAAGUUUGGCUUCAUUUCUUGAUAGUCAAGAGUAUGGGUAGUAAGGAGUUAUAGGUCUGCUGUCUUUGCUGCUCAUUUUUAAAAAGUAUACAUUCACAAAAUUAAAUAUUUUGUUUCAAAGAAACAUCUAAAUAAACCUAGAGGUGUAUCAUUUCUCACAUAUUAUAGGAAGUUGGAUAAAUUACUUAGAACUAAGUUUGUCCAUCUUAAUGUUGGCAAACAACUUUGUCAACAUUGUAAAGAAAGAAAAAUUAGCUUAUAAAAUGUGAAAAGAUUUUAAGUACAGUAGUUUAAAUGUUUCAGUAAAAGUUCAUAUAGUUCCUAUGGAGAUCAAGUACCACCUGUCUUAYUGUGAAACAAUAAAUUUGCCCAAGGGCAAAUAAAACAGGCCAUCCAAGGUACGCUUUUGUGGAAUUGUGUGUGGUACUAGUGAUUGAACCCAAGGUAAAGUACCUUUUUAAUAGUGAACUAGCAACUCUAGGCAUACCCCAGUUUCUCUUUUCAUGGGUAUCUGAAACCUUUCUUUUGUCAAACAUUUUUAUGAAACAUGGACAGAUUAUAAAAUUUGAGUGAUAUUUAAAAAUGUAUGGUACUAUAAUUGCCACAUUGUUAAAAUACUGAUGGAAGCUUUUAUAUUUAAUGUGAUUAUAAUGGUACUAUUAUUCUGAUCACUAUCUUGUUUUGAUUUUAUUUAUUUCAAUUAUUUUUUAAAAUUGA